AUGCUUUGGGGUGCAAUGUCGAGAAAUUCACCAGACAUUCGGAUCGAGGUUUCAGAGGAGGUCGAUUUCCUCCUUGAUCUGACGCAAAUCAAGUUGAACGAGUCAUCAGAUGUAUGUGCUGGCCCGUUUCCGUUCACAAUUUCCGAGCUGCCAACAAAUCCCGUAGCGGAGAGUUGUGGGGAAAGCACUUUUGCUUCAAUAAACGAAGAUCAGCAAAUCAAGGCAACGAAGAAGAUUCUUGUAGUUCCGGGAAUGAAAGAUCAAGAAGACGUGUAUAAUGUAAUGGUCGGCGAGGAUUCCAUCACAACUUUUGUCGAACAUCCGGAUAAUUACAAAUACACCAAUAGUUAUUCUGGACCGUUAACGAUGCUAACGACAGUUGAUCAAAACUCGAACUUCGACCUGUGUCCUCUAUUCAAGGAAAACCUUACCUGCAUAAACGGCACCAUCUAUUCGUAUUUUGCGGGCGCCGAUCCGGGAAUUCAAAUGGAUACUUGGAAUCGAUUAAUCGAUGAUACACCGAAAAAUGUUGUACUCUACUCAACCACAUCUGCAGCGACUCUGUUCGCAAAAGACUACGCAUGCAGCUUUUGUCUUCUAUUCGACUCAAGAAACUCUGAUUUAGCUGAGACGGCGGCAAAUAAUUUGAUCCCCGAUGGUCUCACGCGAGAAUACGGUAUUUUCGGUACUUUACUGUUGAACUUGGAAGUGGAAGUGAAGAAUUUCUAUGAUGGAGAACUCUCCUAUGAAUGGACAAAAGAUGGGCAGAAUCAGACGAUGGCUAAUGAGAGCAUUGGUUUAAUGACUAACUUUACACUGAACGGGAUCAGCAAUUUUAUUUUGAACUGGGCUCCCAACGAGUCCACUCAGCGGCAGGGUGCCCUCGCGAUGGUUCGAAUUGAGGAAAACGUGCCUACUAAAGAUACUGAUGGGCCUAAAAGUUCUGCACAUUACUCCAUAUGGAUUUGGUUGGGUGUUGGAAUAUUUGGAGUUCUGGCGAUUUCGAUUGCAACCGGAUGCGUUGUCUGGAUAAAAAAACGUUAUUCUGACAAACUCAUGAGGAGCUUCAGACGUUUCCGUGCGACCUCGGGCAGGGGGGUAAUAGAGCACAUACUCGCUCUUCCGUUUUUCCCACAGCAAAGCGGCGACGUGUGGGAGCUUUCCUAUUUUCUGGGAAACGAUGGUAACGAUGUGGCGGUGAAAUCUCCGCAUGAACAAGCGACACACGCAAACAGAGAAGAGUUCUUGGCGGAGAUCGAAUUUAUGAAACAGUUGCCCUUCCAUCCGCAUAUUCUCUCGCUUGUCGGCUGCUCGACGAAUCCCGAAUAUCCGUUGAUUGUGACGGGCAUUUGUGAACUCGGCGCUUUACUCUCACUCCUCCGACAAAUGGACCCGGAACACCUGAACUAUGAAGAAUCACCACUCGAGUUCGACGAUCUUGUCCCGAUCGGUUGGCAAAUAAGUGACGCGCUGGUUUUCCUUUCUGCAAAAGAAAUCGUUCAUCGAGAUGUGGCUGCCAGGAAUGUGCUUGUCACAAAAGACAAAACAGCUAAGCUUUCCGAUUUUGGUCUUUGCCGCUUCCAAAAAGAUAUGGUGGCAGGUGUACGUGACGGGAAAUUCCCAAUCAAAUGGAUGGCGCCCGAAGCAAUCGAAUUCGCGGAUUUCUCGCCGGAGUGCGAUGUUUGGUCAUUUGGGGUGUUACUCUACGAGAUGUACAACUACGGGAAAUCUCCGUGGUCUGACGUUGAACCCGCCGAAUUGUUGCCGCUUUUGAAGGAGGGAAAACGGCUGAAAAUCCCAUUCACAGCACCCGAAUUCAUCCUUAAAACGUCAGCGACUUGCUGGGAGGAAAACCCCGAAGAUCGACCUCGAUUCGAAGAUAUUCGAGAGCGUUUUUAUAAAGAAAUGGAGGACCACGCAAAGUUGUACGGCUACUUGGAUGUCUGCAAGCGGUACUAUACACUUCUGGAGCCGACUUCCGAGGCCACUGAGGAUUUCUGGGAGCAUGUGGAAGAUGAGAAGUUC